ACUUAUCUACUGUUAAACAGUUGGUAUAUUGAUGUGCCGUAGGGAAAUCCAAAUGCCCAUUUAUUUUUCGUUCAAGCAAAGAAGAAUCCUAAUGACUUCCUGUGCAUCGCCUAAUUCAGUUAAGAAUUCUAUCUCAUCUUUGAUUAAAGGUUGCAUCAGAAACAUUUAUGCCACCCAAUCGAACGAAAAAAAAUAGGAAGUAUCUAAAUUCAACUAAAAAUAAAAGCUUGGAUAAACUCUUUGCAAUGGAGGAGUCCGUGCAAACAGUGAUCACCUCUCAAAUGAAUCAACUGUUAAAAAAGCGGAGAAAUCUGUUUCUGCGCUUAAACGAAGGAAGAAAUCUGUUGUUGGGAAUAGCAGCAAUAGCAGGCACAGGAUAUGGCGUUUACAGGCUAUACAAAUCUCCUUCAAUUGCUAGAAAAAAAUACCAAUUAGUCCGUUUUCUGACGUCUGUGGUGACAAUUACAGAAGCUGCCUCUUCCUCUGCGGGAACCCUAAUGAUGGUAUCCGACGAUCUGAAGGCAUUUUUGCAAUCAGACGCAGACGAAAUUCCCAACAGUUUAAAGCAACCAAUGAAGAUUGCUCAGAGUCCUGAAUUUAAGCAAGCUAUAACGGGUGUUUCGAGCGCCAUGACUGCCGGAAUAUUCCAGGGUUCUCAUCAAAGUAAUCAGGAGGAUCAGAAUUCUGGAGUUGGGGAGCGAAUGAUGGACAAGCUAUUCGAACCUGCAGGUACUGGUUUUGCUUCUGUUAUUGUUGGAAGUUUUGCUCGGAAUUUGGUUUUGGCUUUUCUGGAACGUUCUGCCAAUAAUUCUGUAAAGCGAAAUACUGAAUUAAACCCCAAUUCGAGAGCUGGAGAUUCGAACACGGGGCCCGAUUCGGAGUUUCUUGACAUAAUUUGCAGCGACAAGUGUAGGGCUUUGAUUGGGGAGUGUGUUCAGCGUUUUGUGAGUACGGCUGUGAAUGUGUAUUUAGAUAAAAUCAUGCAUAUAAAUACUUAUGAAGAAAUAUGUACCGCGGUGACUAAUCCUGCUCAUCGGGACCAAUUAAAGGGGUUUUUUAUGUCUGUCAGUAAUGGAGCUGUUGAAACCCUUGUUAGGACUUCGCAUGAAGUUUUGACCAAUCAGACGUUACCAGUGCAAGGACAGUUGCCUGCAGUAUCGUCCUCUGGAAGAGUUGCAAUUGGAUCUUCGGACGGAGAGAAUAGCGAGGCAGAUCAAAUAAUUGAACAUACUGAGAAAGUCUUUGGGCCUUUGAUUCGGCGCAGUCUAUCUGGGUCUCAAGUGAUCCAGCUGGAUGCAAUGGACCGACAACCCAUUCAUGUGGAAACAAAUAGAUUAGAUUGUGGAUUUGCAAAUCAUAAUUGGAUUGAUAAGAUUUCGUAUACCCUAGCCAUACCCAGCAAUAGGAGACUGUUCAUUGAUGUGAGUGGCCGAAUGACUUUCGAGGUUGUGCGAUCUUUCUUUGAUUUUACUCUCUGUAAGUUUUCUGAAUUCUUUACAAGAACUCUACCUAAUGCCAGCCAUGAAGCUGUGGAUAAAACGUUGAAUGUGAUGAGGUAUGUUGGCGCCAAAUCCAUAGUUUUAUCUACUCUAUGCCUUGCAAUCUGUUUGCAUGUUCUAACCAAUGUAAGAUUCUUGCAAGUUGAACAAUAGCUUGGUGGUUGAAUUUGUAUGUCGGGGGUCCGAAGAGCAUCUUCAUGUAUAUUGCCAAGAAUUUGGCAAGGGAAUCGAACUUGUUGGAUUUCUCUAUUGUUCAAGUAGUAAAGAAGGGCAGUUUUCCUCUUGUAUAUUAUCGAUUGGGGUUAAUAACCACUUAUAUUUUACAAAUCACUAAUAUAUGUAAAUAAAGUAACGCUUGUGUAUGCUUCUGGUUUCCAAUGUUAAUAGUGAUUAAUCUAGCUUACUAUUAUUUCAACUUUUGAAGUUUUAAGUCCAAUCCACACCAAGCUGGGGUCCUUACACAAAAGCAAGUUUAUAGUACAGGUUGGAAUAAAUGACAAGAAAAGUGUGAUUACCUUUUUUAAGUUCCUAGUUGGUUUGUUUUGUGAGGAUCCAUAUAUGUGAGAGUGAAGUUAAGACUUGCGUUUUCUAUGAGAGGGUUUCUCUUCUAAUCCAGAUUUAAAUUUUAACAAAUGUCAAGACUUAUUGGUAGAUUAUAGUUAUUGUGUUGAGAAUUAUCAUUUAUGGAUUAGCAACAUCAUUGCAACUUCAUGAUUAAUAGUGAGACUUUUUGAGUGUCUUCAGCAUAGAGGACCAGGGAGUGCCCAAAGGAAGUGAGAAUAUACCAAUACUUAAAACAAAACAGUAAGAGUAAUUUCUAAUGAUACAAACUCAUAAAUGGAUAAAAUGUUUGUGUUUGGGGUGGUAAGAGUAUCGAUCAAUAUGAAGACACAAAAGUAUCUAUCCAAUGAAACCCCUCCAAGUAUUCCCUGAAAUCUCAUGUGUUAUCCAUAGGAAAUGGUUUCUAUUUUCUUUUCAUAUGAAAUAUAGGAACUAAUAGCAGCUCAUUAAAUUCUUGUCAUAGAAUCUAUCAUAAACUUGUUAGAGAAUCUGUUACAAUAAAGUUGCCAAGUGCCCUGGGGGUUACUGUUAAUGCAUGAUAGCCUCGGUAAGAUAAAUGAUUGAAUGAGAGAUAAAUGAAGUCUCUCAUUCAAACAUUUAUUAUCGUGAGGGGGCAUGAUCAAGUGAUGUCUUGAUCGGCCAUGUCCAAGGACAUGGCCGGUCAAGGUUUCGCUUGACCGUACCCAGCCCACUACAUAUACCAAAUGAAAUGUGUGAGAAUGGACAUUGAAAUAAAAAUGCUCCUCCUCUCCUGCAACAUAAAAGAAGACAAUCAGAUUUAUACAACAAUUCAGUGAUAGAUAAUACAUAGAAGAAGAUAAAUCUUAAUUCUGAUCCACAAAAUUAACAUGGUAUCAGAGCCAGGUUUCCUUCUAUAAAGCCUAACUGCCUGAAGGAAGAUCUGAUUAAGAUCAGAUUGAUAUCUCCUUGAAAGUCUCGAAUAUGGCCACAUUGCAAGAACUUGUCCUCUCAAACUUAAACUACAAGCGUCCCUUGCUGAAGUCAGAAAUUCAGACGUAUGUUCAGAAAAAUAUUUUCUCUAGAAGAAACUCAAGAUACCUUGUGAUUGAGAGGGAUCUUACUAAUCAAGAUUGAGCACUUCUGAGGUAAAAAUUGUAAAUAUUGAUUAUCAUUAUUAAUACUAAUAAUUAUUUUAUGGGCCCUGUGUAAAUCAUAAGGAAGUGACGACUUCCAAAUGAUUUCCACUUGUAUUUUUGAGGUUAUUGGAAGGUGACGAUCUUACAAUAACUCAAGAUUGUGGAUAGAAUCGCCGACUGAGGCAAUCCACGUAAAAGCUUGUGGAUAGAAUCGCCGACUGAGGCAAUCCACACGAGCUCAUGGAUAGAAUCGCCGACUGAGCCAAUCCACGUAAGAGCUCAUGGAUAGAAUUGUCGAUUGAGGCAAUCCACGUGAGAGCUCAUGGAUAGAAUCGCUGACUGAGGCAAUCCACACAAGAGCUUGUGGAUAUAAUCGCCGACUGAGGCAAUCUACACAAGAGCUUAUGGAUAGAAUCGCUGAUAGAGGCAAUCCACUCGAGUUUGUGAAUAGAAUCACCGACAGAGGCAAUUCACAUCUUGAAACUAUGGUCCCAAGAUAAGCAUCAUACGAUUUAUGAAUAUUGCUCCCAAUACCUUUUACAUUUAUCUUACCUAGCUAAGAGGGAGUGUUAAAUUGUUAAUGCAUGAUAGCCUCGGUAAGAUAAAUGAUUGAAUGAGAGAUAAAUGAAGUCUCUCAUUCAAACAUUUAUUAUCGUGAGGGGGCAUGAUCAAGUGAUGUCUUGAUCGGCCAUGUCCAAAAGACAUGGCCGGUCAAGGCAUCGCUUGACCGUACCCAGCCCACUACAUAUACCAAAUGAAAUGUGUGAAAAUGGACAUUGAAAUAAAAAUGCUCCUCCUCUUCUGCAACAUAAAAGAAGACAAUCAGAUUUAUAGAACAAUUCAGUGAUAGAUAAUACAUAGAAGAAAAUAAAUUUUAAUUCUGAUCCACAAAAUUAACAGUUACAACACCCUUGUAUGAAAACCCACCCCACCAUACGCUGAAACUAAAUAUUAUUCUAUUUUUGCUUCUAGUUUUCCAACUUAUGGUCCUUUUAUAAAAAAAAUUUUCUAUCCUUAUUGGGAAAUAAGGAUUGGGCCUACCUAAGCUGCAUUAAUUAAAAGUGGACAUUACAGUCCUCAUCCCCACAAUCUUCUAUGUUGAAACUAUGGAUCGAAAUAGGCUCAUUGAUUUAUGCAACAUGGUAUAUAGAAGAAUUUCCAAAUUAACUAGCAAGCAGGCUCAGAACUCUCAAAGUUCAUCUCUGAGAAACAAUCUGAUUGUUUUUCAUGUUAGACAGAUGCAAAAUAAUGUAAUUUCUGUUCAAGAAUUGCUUCAUUCCAUAAAGCAUAAGCAUCAGCAAUAAGAGUUGCAAAAGAGUAAAGUAAAACAUAUGAUCUACUAGCUGCCGAAGGAGGUAAUUGGCUAACCUGUUAUCGAUCUGCUGAGCAAUAUUAUAUUAUCCACCUUACUCCUAGCUCAGAUUUCAUAACUUAAAAGCUAUUCAUGGAAAAUACCAGCUCUCAGGACAACGAAUAAAUGAAAGUACGCCCAACAUGUAUUAGCUAAUAUAUCUAUUGGGAGAAACAAUAUCAUACUCCAGCAUUUUUGGUUCAAGGAAGGUCAUUUACCAAUGACAUAACUAGGGUUUCCAAUGCCCUAGAAAGCAAGGAUAUAUCGAAAAAAGUCAAAAAAGGUGGACAUCACACUAUCAAAUUGAGCACACAAAUGGCUAAAUUUGGCUGGAAGUACCCAAUUAGUUCAAGUUUACUAAAAGCUAUUUCAUUCCGUCUCUCUCCUCCAAAUACAUUCCUCAAUUGAUUACCUGGACUAGAACCAAAAAUUCAUUUGUAUUAUAUGGUUAGCAUCCAACAACAGUUUAUCUGGAAAGGACUCCAAAAUUCCUUCAAACACUCACUAGUUUCCCAUGAAAAAUAUAACAAAACAAAAAUUGGAGGAAGGAUUAAAUAUUAAAAAUAUCAAACAAUUCAACAAAGCCUUUGCUAUGAGGUUAACUUAGAGACUGAGGAAUUUGGAACACGUAUCCUUGUUGAAAUGGUUAGCUAGUUCGGAUCAUAUUUUAAUGUUGCCUUGUGGCAAUUAAAAUAUUAUCUUAUUGUAAUAAGGUUAAGCGAUUUAUGUCUAUAGGGCUGGGCCCAAAUGUAACGUAUGGAUUAAGCAAUUUAUGUUUAUAGGGCUGGGCCCCAAACAGGAAAUGUGUCACAAGUUGCAAGUUAUGUAGGCCCCAAAUUGGGCGCCAAAGUGCAAAGUGAAAUAUGUAAAAUAAAGGAAAUUAGUUAAGGCCGACUUAGAAGACUUGAACAUGAAUCUUGUAUAUAAACAAGAUUCAUUCUCAGUGUUCCAUGGGCGUUGGGGACGGGGGGACGCGUUUCCGAGACGGGGGGAGAGUCAGGAGAGAGUAUUGCCUUGUUCUUAUAUCAUAAAUGCAAAAUUUUUGGAAGGAACUGUAGAUUUCUCAUGGCAAGUUGGGAUUUCAAUUCAAUCCCCUAAAAGGAGGACAGGAGUUCUAGGCUGCUGGAGAGAUCCAUAAAUUUAGACAUACAAUUUUGUGAUGGCAAGUGUUUGCAUUCCAGCAGCUAGCCCAUAAAAAAUUAUAUCAAAAAUAGGAAAAGGGUUUCAAUUCUGUUCCCACAAUUGCUUCUGCCUGAAACAAACUCUCAGAUGCCUGCCAAUGAUGGAAAGGUGACCAUUAUUUUGGAGGAGGAAAUCAGGGACACUAGCAAUCCUUUCUGUAUUGCUGUUCCUUCUCAGGAGGAUGUGAACAACACUACUGGUGCCAAUAAUGGUAAGAAUAAGAUUACUCCUUAUGCCAACUGUACUUACUAUUUUCAGUAGGCUAAAUUCUUUGAUUGUUCGGCCUCUUAGGGUUUCAAGCCCUACUGAUUUAAUAAGAAAACCAACCUUGUGCCCCCCUACUCAGUACUCCUACAUCCUAUCGCGCUACUUAUAGAAUUCUCAGCUCUCCAUGGAUGGACCCUGUCCCUACACUUUCCUUGCUGUCCCAUGAAGAUGGGCCCAAAUGUGAAGCUUGGUGAACUGCCCUGUAAUGUCCCCUCUUGUUUAGCACGUAAAGAAAUAAAUAUGUUAGCUUAUUAGUUUUUCUCCCCAUAAGCUAAACAUUUUGUUAAUAAAGGGGAUAAAGUAAUAAUUAAGUAUCUGGGCAAAAAGCUAUGGUUCGUGAUAAUUUAAUCAUUCACUUUAUAUCAUUAAAAAGGGGCCAACUUAAGUUUUGACUUAAUCUUUCCUAGGCUGUGCUCCAUAGUGGUGAUUUAUUUAGUAAGUGGCAAACCUUACUAAUUGCCUGAGUUGCCAAAUCAAAAGAUUGGAAGAAAGAAGCUGAUGGCUUUUUGGCUGAAGAGGAAUUAUAUAAAGGCAUCGACUUCAAUAUGGAGGGCAAUGUUCAUUAUUGAUUAUUGUUAUUUUGCUCUGCAACUUGUAUUCAGCUCUCCAUUCUCAGGACGCAGUCCCUAGAUAAGGAAACCCUUCUGGACGGAACCCCAGAGUGUAUAUUGAGAACCAAUACAGCAAUUCCAAUCUAUUUCCCAGCGCCAAGAGGAAUUUCUACAGCAGAGUUGAGGCGAUUUUCCUGUAUGUUUGGGAAAUGGCUUAUACAGAAGAAAUCGCAGCCUUGUGUUAUUAUUACAGCCUGCCUGUGAGGUUGAUACUGGUACAGUAUAUACAGUUUGAAGAGUCUGAAUUCUUAUUGGCUGCCUAGCGCAUCCAUUCUACAGCUAUAAAUCCAGAAUCGCUGUCUAGGUUGGAAGCUUCAGCCAACUAUAAUCAGUGCGAAUUGUUUAUGAGCCGGGAUGGGUAUGUUUGCCAUCAUUAAUCUGAUUGUUAUUAACUAUCUGCAGAUUUACACAAUUUGUAAUGAAUGCCAAACUUUCUAUUCCAAUAGAAUAUAAAUUAAAAGUUUCUAGCCUCGUUGCAUAAUAUUGUUGAUUUCAAUCUUUAUCAAAUUAUAUAUUUUUCAUGCAUAUUGAAAUACAUGAAAUGCAAGAUCUUCCAUGAAAACAAACAAAGAAAUGCAUGAUUUUCAUUAAAGUUCGGAGAAAGAAUAUUUCAUGCCUUCACACACACACUGCACUUUUCCCACUUCUAUCAAAGACAAACCAAAAGCCCCGAUAAUGACUCUGCUAAUGCAUCUUCCUAAUGUAAGGAAACUAUUCACCUGGCCCUUCCUAACACCAAUGACACUCUCAAUGGCUUGAUUAGUGCAAUGGAGGUCUAGCACCCUCAAUUGGGACAAUCAAAAGUUGCUAAUUCAGAACUUACAAGAACUCAAAAACAAUCAGAGGGGCAUAAUCAUCUUCUUGCAUAAACAAGAAGAAUAUUUAUCCAUUUUGAGUCAUGACUAUGAGAUUACCCAAAUUAGAGCUGAUGUGUAGAACACAUUCUGAAUGCUGAUUGCUGAUAGAAUCAAUAGAGAAAACAUAUACGUCCAGCAAUAGCAGCAAAAACAGCUCCAAAUGAGCAUACUUCAUCCUUCAAUGAGUUUCCGACUGUCAUCGACCAAUGGUGCAUGCUACAUGGCAACCAUGGAUAAUCCAACAUGAAUUUACAUGGAAUCGGGAGACCCAAAUAGCCUGCUAGUCCAGCUACGGGGAAAGACAUUGUAGCAACUCACAAUAUCUGCUGACUUUCCAAUCCCUUAAGUCUUUUUGCUUAAGAAAAAAAUCUGACUUUGAUGUAAUCUCUUCCUUAUAAAUCAUGCAUAGUAUGUCUUCAGGUUACUUUCUUUUUCAUUUAAUUAGCGGAUGUACUACAGCAUAGUGUCUAGUAGUUUGACUAUUUGGCAUUACUUUGGCCUAUUGGAUGUCCUGGCCAGGGCUUGUAAUCAGCCCUCUCACAUCUCUAUUUGGAAGGGGUUUUUGCACUUGAUCUUUUAACAAUCUCUUAUAUUAAUACAAUAUUUUUCUGUAUAUUAAAAAAAUGUUAAGAGCGGAAUUUGUCAUAUGGACUCUUCGCAGGGAGGAAAUGGAAGAAUAUUUGAAAACUAUUUAGCAUCCAGAAGUCCUCCUAAGAUUCUUAAGAGAACAUGCAGUUCUAAUCUCCCUUUCCACUAUAAGUUCCCAAUAUUCACAAAUUAGGUUUAAUGUCAUGGACCUCUUCUCUAAUAGGUUGGCAUAAACUAAACACCAAUGAGAUUGCAGAAAGGAACUCGAGGCCCAUCGGAGUAGCAGCAAUCAUUGAUAGGGAGUUACGGUGUCAUUUAAAAAUUGAUUUAUUAUUAUUAAUAUAUUGACAACCAAAUUAAUAUGCCUCUCAACCAUGAAACAACUAAAAAAGUGAAAAAGAAAAGGCUAUUGUCUGCCAAUUUCAAACGAGAUUGAACAAACUAAGUGCUUACACAAUUCAGGCUUAAAACUCACAAUUUCAACACUAUCCUAGAUCUUGUAGCUAAAGCUGCUCUUCACAAAACCGUGGUGGCCUAUGAUCAACAGGAUGCCCACCUAUUGAAGUUUUAUAGAGAAAUUAUAUGCUUGUCACGAAAUUUGUUCUUAUUUAUAUCCAUCUAGAAAUUGCCAAAUGAUGUAGUUUAUCCACCUAAUUAUAACAUAUCGUAUAGUCCAUCAAUAUUUAAAAUGAAGUAUCUACCUACAUGUUCUUCCAACUAUGUAAAUACUAUCACGUCUAGCCCUAACCAAACCAUAUUCUACAACCACGGAAUCAGAUAACAAGAAGUAUAGUUACACAUACAACAAAUCUAAAAAAUGAUAUUCUCUAACAAUUGUUUAUCAUUAUUUGUUCUACAAGAUUUUGAUAUAUUGUACAACCAAUCUUCAUUUUAGAUGUUAAACAAACAAUUAGCAAAGAUUGCAUUCACAAAAUAUUACCAAAUACUGAUAGUUCAUGCUCCUACCUUGUAGGAGUUUAAAUUUGAUGGAGUGGCAGGGAUGGAAGGAUUUGCAUUUGCAUGUAGUCAUAUGUCACAAACAAAUUAUAUGAGUCUUAUGACGAAUAAAAUCAUAAACGAUGGUUAAAAUUUAGUAAUUUACAAUUUUAUUUUUUAUUUUACAGAGACGGUGAAAUUUAGGAUAAAUUUUUUGGCAAUUUGAUAUUUAUAACAAACUGUGAUUAAGAUAUAAUGCAUUUUGACGUGUUAUGGCUCAGGAACCCCCUCAACUUGAUGCACCUUUGCAAAAAAUCGAAAAGGGCCCUGAUGUGGACAGCAAAUCAGCCGAGUUAGAAUGGGAUCAGUAAGAGGAAUGUAACUCUGCAUAGAAUUUUGCCAAGCUACAUUUUACAUGUUAGUAGGCUGCCCACAACACAAUGUGACCUGAUUACUGAUUAUCCUCCACCUGUGCUGCGUAAUAGUUAGAAAUUAAGGUGGAACAGAAUCCUCAACGAUUGAUAUGCCACUUUGUUUGGAAAAAGCUUCUACUUUUUUAGAACAAUUACAUUGGCAAAGGGACCACAAAAAGCACAAGCAGCUUUUUACGAUGUUAGUACCAAAGACAAGGAAGAUGCCAAGACACCAAUCCAGGGACUUGCACCCCAAAGUCUGCUUCUGAAUUGGGAAAGCUCUUGUUUGCAGUGGACUGACUACUUAAGGCUAGGAACAGGGCUGCAGCCUAUCCCUCGAUUCUUAAGACCUACAAAGGAAUUCUUGUAGAUAAUCGGCAUAUUCAUCUUGAUAUCAUGAAUGUAUUUUGGUGCAUCAUAUUAGUGACUUUUUGUAGUAUUUAUUAAGGUUGAGUGAUUGGCAUGUGUCAGCAACAUAGAAGGCAUCACUGUUGCUUUUUAAAAUUGUGACUACAGUACAGUAGGUAUGCUCGAGCAGUUGUAAUAUAUUGAAACUUAUUGGUGUUCA